UUUCGACGCCGCCAUAUGCAUUCGUACAUGCUGCGAAAAUUACAAUAAUAUAAGCAAGAAAAUGAAUAUAAAUCAACAAAUUUAGGGACGCUUUUGCCAUAAUAUUGGAUUGUGCAGCCAGUAGGGCAAGAAGUCAUCCCAUAAGACAAGAUGUCUUUACCCUUCAACUUCUACACAACCACGGGUCAGCCCAUUAUUAUGGGUCAGAUCCCGAUGGUACCUCAGCAGCAACAUGUCAUGGUCCAGCAGCAACAGCAGCAACCGAAUCCUCUGCAGCAGCAACUGCAACAGAUGCAGCCUCGUCCCCCACCACAGCAACCUCCACCUCAGCCAAAGGCACCAGAAUUUUUGUCGGAAGAAAAAUUACGGGAAAAAGCUCGGAAGUGGCAGCAGUUGCAAUCCAAGCGAUAUGCUGAGAAACGCAAGUUUGGAUUUGUUGAUGCGCAGAAAGAAGACAUGCCCCCAGAACAUGUGAGGAAAAUCAUCCGAGAUCAUGGCGACAUGUCAAACAGAAAGUUCAGGCAUGACAAGAGGGUGUAUCUUGGGGCUCUCAAGUAUAUGCCUCAUGCUGUAAUGAAACUCUUGGAGAACAUGCCCAUGCCAUGGGAGCAGAUCCGAGACAUGAGGGUCCUGUAUCACAUCACCGGAGCCAUCACAUUUGUCAAUGAGAUUCCAUGGGUCAUCGAACCAGUUUACAUAGCUCAGUGGGGAUCCAUGUGGAUCAUGAUGAGACGUGAGAAACGUGAUCGACGUCAUUUCAAGAGGAUGAGAUUUCCACCCUUUGACGAUGAAGAGCCGCCGCUAGAUUACGCCGACAACAUCUUGGAUGUGGAGCCCUUGGAAGCCAUUCAGAUGGAGCUGGAUAUUGAGGAAGAUAAAUCGGUGUUCAAUUGGUUCUAUGAUCACAACCCACUUGUGGACACCAAGAUGGUGAAUGGUACAACCUACAGAAAGUGGCAGCUCUCUCUCCCAAUCAUGUCAACUCUGUAUCGAUUGGCCAACCAGCUCUUGACUGACCUCCUCGAUCAUAACUACUUCUAUCUGUUUGACCUGAAGUCAUUCUUCACGGCGAAAGCAUUGAACAUGGCCAUCCCUGGAGGACCGAAGUUUGAACCUCUGGUCAAGGACAGGCACCAGGAAGAUGAAGAUUGGAAUGAGUUCAACGAUAUCAACAAGAUCAUCAUCCGGCAGCCAAUCAGGACAGAGUAUCGGAUAGCAUUCCCUUAUUUAUACAACAGCUAUCCAUAUCAAGUUCACCUCUCGUGGUAUCACACUCCGAAUGUGGUGUUCAUCAAGACAGAGGAUCCUGAUUUACCUGCCUUCUACUUUGAUCCGUUGGUGAAUCCAAUAUCGCACAGACAUUCUGUCAAGAGUUCAGACCCACUCCUAGAAGAAGAUGAAGACUUUGAGCUUCCUACAGAGUGUGUUCCAUACAUGAAUGAUCAUCCACUGUACACUGAUAACACAGCCAAUGGGAUAGCUCUUCUCUGGGCUGGGCGACCAUUCAAUCUGAGGUCAGGACGAUGCAGAAGAGCCAUUGACGUACCUCUUGUCAAAUCAUGGUAUCGCCAACACGUCCCGUCCGGUCAUCCCGUGAAGGUCCGUGUGUCCUACCAGAAGCUUCUGAAAUACUUCGUCUUGAAUGCGCUGAAACACAGAAAGCCCAAAGCUCAGAAGAAGAGGUACCUGUUCCGAUCGUUCAAGUCGACCAAGUUCUUCCAGAGUACCACCCUGGAUUGGGUCGAGAUCGGUCUCCAGGUCUGCCGCCAGGGAUACAAUAUGUUGAACCUGUUGAUUCAUCGCAAGAACCUCAACUACCUUCAUCUCGACUACAACUUCAACUUGAAACCUGUCAAGACGCUCACCACCAAGGAGAGGAAGAAAUCCCGGUUCGGAAAUGCGUUCCAUUUGUGUCGUGAGAUCCUGAGGUUGACCAAGCUCAUUGUUGACUCGCACGUCCAGUACAGGCUCGGAAAUGUCGAUGCUUUCCAGCUUUCUGAUGGUCUCCAGUAUGUGUUUGCCCACGUGGGUCAGCUGACUGGGAUGUACCGGUACAAGUACAAGCUGAUGAGACAGAUCAGGAUGUGUAAGGAUCUUAAACACAUCAUCUACUACAGAUUCAACACAGGCCCAGUUGGUAAAGGACCAGGAUGUGGUAUUUGGGCUCCAGGUUGGCGUGUGUGGCUAUUCUUCAUGCGAGGUAUCACACCUCUGCUUGAACGAUGGCUGGGUAACUUGCUGUCCAGGCAGUUUGAAGGACGUCACUCCAAGGGCGUUGCAAAGACAGUCACCAAACAGAGAGUGGAGAGUCACUUCGAUUUGGAACUUCGUGCUGCUGUGAUGCACGAUAUUCUGGACAUGAUGCCCGAGGGUAUCAAGCAGAACAAAGCGAGGACGAUCCUGCAGCAUCUGAGUGAAGCCUGGAGAUGCUGGAAGGCCAACAUCCCAUGGAAGGUGCCCGGUCUUCCCACACCCAUUGAGAACAUGAUCCUACGUUAUGUCAAGGCCAAGGCAGAUUGGUGGACCAAUACGGCUCAUUACAACAGGGAGAGGAUCCGAAGAGGUGCCACUGUUGACAAGACAGUGUGUAAGAAGAACCUUGGUCGUCUGACUCGUCUGUACCUGAAGGCUGAACAAGAGCGUCAGCAUAACUACCUGAAAGACGGUCCAUACAUCACUGCAGAGGAGGCUGUGGCUAUCUACACAACAACUGUGCAUUGGUUGGAGAGCAGACGAUUCUCCCCCAUCCCAUUCCCUCCGCUCUCGUACAAACACGACACCAAGCUACUCAUCCUUGCCUUGGAGAGGCUGAAGGAGGCGUACAGCGUCAAGAGUCGUUUGAAUCAGUCGCAGAGAGAGGAGUUGGGUCUGAUUGAGCAAGCGUAUGACAACCCUCACGAGGCCCUCUCAAGAAUCAAACGUCAUUUGCUGACACAGAGAGCCUUCAAGGAGGUUGGCAUUGAGUUCAUGGACCUGUACAGCCACCUUGUGCCAGUGUAUGAUGUUGAGCCAUUGGAGAAGAUCACCGAUGCUUACCUGGAUCAGUACUUGUGGUAUGAGGCAGACAAGAGGCGACUGUUCCCACCAUGGAUCAAACCAGCUGACACAGAGCCUCCACCUCUUCUCACUUACAAAUGGUGCCAAGGUAUCAAUAACUUACAAGAUGUCUGGGAUACUGCUGAAGGAGAGUGCAAUGUGAUGUUGGAGUCCAAGUUUGAGAAACUUUACGAAAAGAUUGAUUUGACGUUACUCAACAGACUCCUGCGUCUGAUUGUGGAUCAUAAUAUUGCUGAUUACAUGACGGCCAAGAACAACGUUGUUAUCAACUACAAGGACAUGAACCAUACCAACUCGUAUGGUAUCAUCCGAGGUCUUCAGUUCGCCUCAUUCGUUGUCCAGUUCUACGGCCUGGUCAAUGACCUGUUGGUCCUAGGUCUACAGAGGGCGAGUGAAAUGGCUGGGGCACCCCAGAUGCCGAAUGAUUUCUUGACAUUCCAAGAUGUGACCUCCGAGGUGGCUCAUCCUAUCCGUCUCUAUUCUCGAUACAUCGACAGGAUACACAUCUUCUUCAGAUUUAGUGCUGAGGAGGCCAGGGAUUUGAUCCAGCGCUACCUGACGGAACAUCCCGACCCCAACAAUGAGAACAUAGUGGGUUACAACAACAAGAAAUGUUGGCCUCGAGAUUCCAGGAUGAGGCUGAUGAAGCAUGAUGUCAAUCUUGGUCGUGCUGUCUUCUGGGACGUCAAAAAUCGCUUACCGCGAUCAGUUACAACGGUCCAAUGGGAUGCCAGCUUCGUGUCUGUCUACAGCAAGGAUAACCCCAACCUGCUGUUCAACAUGUGUGGCUUUGAGUGUCGUAUUCUGCCCAAGUGUCGUACACAGCACGAGGAGUUUACUCACAAGGAUGGCGUCUGGAAUCUCCAAAAUGAGGUGACCAAGGAGAGGACGGCCCAGUGUUUCCUGCGAGUGGAUGAUGAGUCCAUGCAGAGAUUCCAUAAUCGUGUCAGGCAGAUUCUCAUGGCGUCUGGUUCAACCACAUUCACAAAGAUUGUGAAUAAAUGGAACACAGCUUUGAUCGGGCUGAUGACCUACUUCAGAGAGGCAGUUGUCAACACACAGGAGCUUCUAGAUCUCCUAGUCAAGUGUGAGAACAAGAUACAAACUCGUAUCAAGAUCGGCCUCAACUCAAAAAUGCCCAGCAGAUUCCCUCCCGUUGUGUUCUACACGCCAAAGGAGUUGGGAGGCCUCGGCAUGUUGUCUAUGGGUCACGUGUUGAUCCCACAGUCUGAUCUACGGUGGUCCAAGCAGACGGAUGUUGGCAUCACUCACUUCAGGUCUGGUAUGAGCCAUGAUGAGGACCAGCUUAUACCCAACUUGUACAGGUACAUCAUGCCAUGGGAGAGUGAGUUCAUUGACUCUCAGAGGGUCUGGGCUGAAUAUGCUCUCAAGAGGCAGGAGGCCAAUGCCCAGAACAGACGCUUGACCUUGGAGGAUCUGGAGGACAGCUGGGAUCGUGGAAUCCCCAGGAUCAACACCCUCUUCCAGAAAGACAGGCACACAUUGGCUUAUGACAAGGGCUGGCGUGUCCGGACAGACUUCAAGCAGUACCAGGUGUUGAAGCAGAAUCCAUUCUGGUGGACACAUCAGCGCCACGAUGGUAAACUCUGGAACUUGAACAACUACAGGACAGACAUGAUCCAGGCUCUUGGUGGUGUGGAGGGCAUCUUGGAACACACACUGUUCAAGGGAACCUACUUCCCAACAUGGGAGGGUCUCUUCUGGGAAAAGGCCAGCGGAUUUGAAGAAUCGAUGAAGUACAAGAAGUUGACAAAUGCCCAGCGGUCUGGUUUGAAUCAGAUUCCAAACCGUCGAUUCACACUUUGGUGGUCUCCUACCAUCAACAGAGCCAACGUCUAUGUGGGUUUCCAGGUGCAACUUGAUCUGACUGGCAUCUUCAUGCACGGUAAAAUCCCCACUCUCAAGAUCUCACUCAUCCAGAUCUUCCGAGCCCAUCUGUGGCAGAAGAUCCAUGAGAGUGUCGUCAUGGAUCUGUGUCAGGUGUUUGAUCAGGAGCUCGAUGCCCUGGAGAUCGAGACAGUACAGAAGGAGACCAUCCAUCCCAGGAAGUCUUACAAGAUGAACAGUUCGUGUGCUGAUAUCUUACUCUUCGCGGCAUAUAAGUGGAAUGUCUCUAGGCCUUCACUCCUGGCAGAUUCAAAAGAUACCAUGGACAACACCACGACCCAGAAGUACUGGAUUGAUGUGCAGCUUCGAUGGGGAGAUUACGACUCCCAUGACAUUGAACGUUAUGCUCGAGCCAAGUUCCUUGAUUAUACGACAGACAACAUGAGUAUCUACCCAUCACCAACUGGGGUUCUUUUGUCUCUAGAUCUCGCCUACAAUCUCCAUAGUGGCUAUGGUAACUGGUUCCCUGGCUGCAAACCGCUGAUCCAGCAAGCGAUGGCCAAGAUCAUGAAGGCCAACCCUGCUUUGUAUGUGUUGAGAGAGCGCAUCAGAAAAGGUCUCCAGUUGUAUUCAUCAGAGCCCACUGAGCCAUACCUGUCGUCGCAGAACUAUGGUGAACUGUUCUCCAACCAGAUUAUCUGGUUUGUGGAUGAUACAAACGUCUACAGGGUCACCAUCCAUAAGACUUUUGAAGGUAAUUUGACUACCAAGCCCAUCAAUGGCGCUAUCUUCAUCUUCAACCCAAGGACAGGUCAGCUCUUCUUGAAGAUCAUCCACACGUCUGUGUGGGCGGGACAGAAACGUCUUGGACAGCUGGCCAAGUGGAAGACAGCUGAGGAGGUGGCUGCAUUGAUUCGUUCACUCCCGGUGGAAGAACAGCCUAAACAGAUCAUUGUCACAAGGAAGGGCAUGUUGGAUCCUCUUGAGGUCCAUUUGCUAGAUUUCCCCAACAUUGUCAUCAAAGGUAGUGAGCUUCAGCUACCCUUCCAAGCCUGUCUCAAGGUGGAGAAAUUCGGUGACCUCAUCCUCAAAGCCACAGAACCUCAGAUGUUGCUGUUCAACCUCUAUGAUGACUGGCUCAAGACCAUUUCCUCCUAUACUGCGUUCUCGAGGUUGAUCCUGAUCCUGCGUGCGCUCCAUGUCAAUAAUGAUCGUACCAAGGUGAUCUUGAAGCCUGACAAGACGACGGUGACUGAGCAGCAUCAUAUCUGGCCGACCCUGAGUGAUGAGGAAUGGAUCAAAGUCGAGAUGCAGCUCAAGGAUCUCAUCUUGGCAGAUUAUGGAAAGAAAAACAAUGUGAAUGUAGCAUCCUUGACACAGUCUGAGAUCCGUGACAUCAUUCUGGGUAUGGAGAUCUCCGCACCGUCUGCCCAGCGACAACAGAUUGCCGAGAUUGAAAAACAGACCAAGGAACAGUCGCAACUCACCGCAACAACGACUCGCACUGUCAACAAACAUGGCGAUGAAAUCAUCACAUCAACGACGAGUAAUUAUGAGUCGAUGACAUUCUCGAGCAAGACAGAAUGGCGUGUGAGGGCGAUCUCUGCCACUAAUCUUCAUCUCCGUACAAACCAUAUCUACGUGUCGUCGGAUGACAUCAAGGAGACAGGAUACACUUACAUUCUGCCCAAGAAUGUCCUGAAGAAGUUCAUCAUCAUCUCUGAUCUUCGAGCUCAGAUCGCUGGCUACCUGUAUGGUGUGAGCCCCCCUGAUAAUCCCCAGGUGAAGGAGAUCAGGUGUAUUGUAAUGCCUCCCCAGUGGGGCACCCACCAGACAGUGCACCUGCCAAACCACCUCCCUAACCAUGAGUACCUGAAAGAGAUGGAGCCCCUAGGGUGGAUCCACACACAGCCCAAUGAACUGCCACAGUUGUCUCCCCAGGACAUCACAACACAUGCUAAAGUCAUGUCGGAUAAUCCAACAUGGGAUGGAGAGAAAACAGUUGUCAUCACAUGCAGUUUCACUCCUGGAUCCUGCUCCCUGACUGCUUACAAAUUGACCCCGAGUGGCUUUGAAUGGGGUCGCCAGAACACGGACAAGGGCAACAAUCCCAAGGGUUACCUGCCGUCUCACUACGAGAGAGUCCAGAUGUUGUUGUCCGAUCGCUUCCUGGGCUUCUUUAUGGUACCAUCACACACAUCAUGGAAUUAUAACUUCAUGGGUGUUCGUCACCAGCCUAACAUGAAGUAUGAGUUGCAGCUCUCCAAUCCUAAGGAGUUCUACCACGAGGUGCACCGACCAUCGCAUUUCCUCAACUUCAGCAGUUUACAGGAUGGAGACUCCAUGGGAACUGACAGAGAGGAUGCAUUUAACUAGAUUCAUUGAGAAAAGACAAAAACAUUUUGUUUGACUUGUCAAAUUUCUGUCGAACAGAUGAACCUAGAAGUGGAAUGGCCCUUUUCCGCUAUGAAGUUCUUGGUUUAUAGUCUGAUAUCAACAACUGAAGAGGUUAUCAUCUGACUUUACACAAACUAAAGAAUCAUUCUGAUAGCCUGCAUGUUUGUUCAUAGUGUUCCUGAUUUGUGGAGGUCAGUCCAAACUCGUUUCAACAUGUCAUGUUGUCAGUGAAAUGAUCGUAUCAUCUGAUUUGAACCCAUUGAGACUUCCAUGUCAAAAUGUGCAUGUUGAGUAGGUCUUGCUAUCAUGAAAUCAUGUUGUAAAUAAACAUAUUAUUGGAACUUUAAUAUCUGUAUUGAAUGUGACAAGGAUAAUACCCCUUGCCCAGCUGAGAAUAUUAAGAGUCACCUCACAUUGGCAAUGGACCAACACGGUGGUAGGAAAGGUCUCCCGUUGUCUUUCAAAGGUGUCCACAUCUCAAGAAAUACAAGAUGUUUUAUGUUCUCAACUGGGCAAUAGGUGUAGUCCUCAUCUACAUGUACUACUUCAUUUGAGAUACUUGUACAUUGUUCCUGAGUACAUGUAAGUGUGGUUGAUUUUCCUGUAGUUAAUUGCUACAAUACUGCAGACUGCUUAAUGUUCUUGACCUUUUUUACACAAACUUAAAUAUUUCAUCAGAGAUUCCCUUAUUCAAGUAGAUUGAUUAUGUAACAAACCCUAUCAUUGAACUUUCAUAUUCAAGGAUGUGAGUUUUCAUAUUUGUUCACUUAUUUCACAGUUUUGUGAUAGGAGUAUUCAUGUAAGAGUUGUUGUCCUGUUACAUGUACAUGCUACAUAUUGUCGGAGCUCUUGCGGCUUUCCAAUGACUGAGACUGUUGCGGAUAGACAACUGCUACUGUAAACCUUUGGUACAUGUACUCAUCACACCUUUCUUUCAUUAUUUUAGACGUUUUCACAUUUCGUUUGUUGACUUGCAUCCCUGAUUACUCCUCAUAGAAAUUACCAUCAAUCAGGUUGAAGAAUGUGUUCAUGUGUAACUGGAAGAUUCCAAUAUUUUCACCAAUAAAUGACAUCAGUUGU